AUGGAGUCAAAUUCAUUCUCCUCCUAUGCACCACAAUCUUCUGCAAGGACAGGAAGCUCCACAGGUGGCAAGAUUAAGCCCCUGUACAAGAAGCAGCCCAAAGUCAUCACAGUCACAGCCUUCAAGAAUGGAGGCAGGGAUGUCUUCAGCAGAGUCACUGCACCAACUAUCAAGGAGCUCCUGGAGCUAUGUACCAUCAAGUUGAGCCUGCUGUCCGCCGCCCGCCGUGUGUUCCUGGCAGACGGGAGGGAGGCGUUCACACCCAAGGACAUCCCCCGCGAGGCCGAGGUGUUCAUCUCACAGGGGGAGCCGUACAAGGACCCGUACAAACCUGUCAAAACCCAAGAGCAGCUGAAACGCGGUGCCAUGUGGACCAUGAACGGGAUCCUCCUUCCACAGGACGUCAAGAGGGGCAAGACCAAGUCUUCUCUCUCCAAGAGACUUAAAACUCUUGUGGAGAAGAGAAGACAUCGGAUCCUGAUCUUCCUCAAUGGACAGGGGGUCAAAGGUCAGGAGGUGGUGGCCUCCCUGGAUGCACUUCAACAGUUCCUGGAUGCCUGUACAGGCUGCAUGAGUCUAAACUCUCCUGCCCGGGUUCUGUUUGACUGGAGCGGGAAGGAGAUCGUAGACCUGAACGAAGCCGACCCCCUAGACAAGGUUCUCCAGACGGCCACCACACCAGUCCUGGGGCCACUCUGGGUCUCCAAGGGGGAGGGCUUCAGCCCUGCGGGGGUAGAAGUUUACAUCCAGGACAUACUACAGAACCUGCGGCCGAAGCUGCGUGCGGCUAAAGACUACAAGUCUCAGCUGCAGCUGGCCGAGGCCGGCCGGACCGGGGAGGUGGACAGGGUGGAGCUGCUGUCCAUGGACAAGACUGAGAUCAAAAAUGCACUGAAUGAGACAGAUGAGCUGAUAAGUGACUUGAGUGGAACGGUAACAAAGUACAAGGAUCAGCUGAGGGUCCUGGAGCCCCGCGUGCUCGAGGAGCGGGACACUGGGCACGAGUACAAGAUGAAGCAUAUCAAGAGUCUGGAGGCCACAGACAGGCUGGUGGGAAGACAAGGUCUCAGACUCAAGGUGUUUGAGAAUGGCCGAGAUGAGGGGGAGACACUGAUUUAUUUCAACAUGAGGGAUGCAGAGAGGGCAGCAAAGGGGGACAGCAAGAGGCUUAUGGAACAGCUCCUUGCCACCUGUACUGCCUGUCAGAGACUAGCCAACCCUGUAUCCAACCCUGGCCCCGCCCUCAGCAGUGUGGCUAAGAAGCUGUACGACCGAGAGGGUCAGGAGAUCAACAACAUCUACACUCUCAAGUCAGAACAGGAGGUCUGGCUCUCGUUCGGGGAGGACUUCAAGCCACCCAGUGUGUCUGUGUUACAAGUGUGUUUUGACAAGGCCCAGGGAGUGACGUUACCAGACGGCAGGACGGUUGCCUACAGAGAACCUGUGGGUGGGGAGGACUCAGUGGAGGGGAUAGACAGGCAUAGCCACUGGGAGGCAACAGUUGGGUUCCCCCUGGAGUAUGACUACACAGAGCUGAGGGAUGACAGGGAUAUAGAGGAGGAGCAGGAGAGGAUCAGGAACAGGGCAGCCACAGACAGGGUGGUCACUCAUGUCCGGUCAGCCGGGCUGGACACAAGGGGCAGCUUCCUGCAGAACAAGGAGGACACCAACACAGUACUUUACCCAGAACUCAGUGUCCAGACUAAGAAGAAGAAAGGAUGGCCACCUGGCUGUCAAACAUGGGUUAUCAACCAGAGUGGACUGAUCUACAGCCGUGCCAUGCCCCAACUGGCGCUGACCGUCAACGACAACCACCGCGUGGAGACGGAGGUCAGCGAGGGGCUCACCGUGGCUGGAUUUGGGGUCACCAUGCAAAAGAGGAUGGUAGGGAACCCUGCACAGCAGUGGAGCUUCAGCCCCGAUGGUUACAUCUUCUCUGUGGCGUAUCCUGACCUUGUCCUGACCUUCCUGGGUGACCAGGGCUCCGAGCCGACCUCUGACCUCAUCACCCCCGGCCUCCCUCAGGGGGUGACGGCGGUGGACAUGAACGGGGCGUCAGAGGACAGCGACUACCGCCCAAACUUGGUGGAUCUGGACGGAGAGGAGGUGCUACAUUCCCCCCGGGUCGACCCACUAGCGGGGCUGGGGGAGGGGAGCCAGUUCUCUGGACAGAAGAGUAUCGUGGAUGUGGUGGAGAAAGUGCCCGCGAAACAUCCUUGUGCCAAAUUUCAGAGGUGGGCCCUAAAGCAGGAGGACCUGGCAAACAUGGGACAGUGGAAGAAAUCCAAAAUCUCUAACCCUGAGUGGAACAAGCUGGCUUACUCCUGGCCUGUCACAGAGGACGGGGUCUGGAACAAGGAGUUUAAGUGGCCCUUGGAGGGUUUUCUCAUUCCCAUGGCUCCUCCUCUAAGGAAGUCUAAAAAGAAGAAUCCAAAUGGAGUUGUUCCCCUGAGAUUAAAGGUGGUGAGAAAUGGAGACAAGAACCCUAAGAACUCAGUAGUGAUCGUGGGACCAGACCUGACUAAUAUGAUGCGUGACAUGAACAAAACGGCGCUAAACGGGAAGAAAGCGCUCCACCACAAGCGGCGCUCCUCUGCCACCCUACAUGUGGAUGACCUGUCAGAGGACAUGGCCGACGCCCUGCACUGUGACAACAUGCCCAGAUUCAGGGAGCUGGAAAUGCAGCUGUUCUUGGAGAGAUGUACCACACUAAUGGACCUGCCUUUUGCGGCUCGGCGGCUGUUUGACGACAACGGGAGAGAACACAGCACGCUGACUGACCUGAAGCGGGACCAGGUCGUGUUUGUGUCCUGCGGAGAGGCGUGGGUCGACCCAAAACUGACAGAGAGCGAACGACAGAGGAGAACACUGCUGGCCAACCUGGCAUCAGACGUGGCACAGAUCAGGCACUAUGUCACUCUCAGGAACCCAGAAGAACUAGUGAUGAUGGUGUCCGGCCCCCUCCAGCCCGGCUCCCCUGUCCUGGUGGAGAAGUGCACCCUGAGCCCAGAGCAGCAGGAGGUGAUCGCGCAGGCGGAGCUGAAUGGGGAUGGUGGGGAGCAUGGGGAGCAUGGGGAGGAGAAACCUCACACUCUGGAGGAUAUCCUGGGGGAGAUUGGGUCAGCCCAUGAGAGGUCCCACCAGCGAUCGGAGGAGAGACUAGCGUCCCGUAAGCGCCCCUGGGAGCAGGGCUUCACCAGCAAGUACGACGAGAUCAUCGAGCUGGGGACAGAGGAAGAACCUCAGUACAGCGACAUGGCUCUGUACAGCAAGUUCAGACCGAAGACCCGUUCCCCCCGGAGAAGUUCCCCCCUGAGCGCCCAGCGGUUCCUGGUGCAGGACGGUUGGGUGGAGCUGGCGGACUGUCCCGGGCUGGUGCUGGGGGUGGCGGAGCAGGACGUAACAGGGACCGCCGUCUCCGUGGUGAUCGUCAGGAAACGGGACGACGACAUCAACCAGAGGUGGACGCUGAACAAGGAUGGGUCCAUCAACAUCAAGAGCAACUACAGCCUGGUGCUGGGAGUGGCCCUUCCUCCCUUCCCCCCUGGGGAGGAUUCCCCACCCCCAGGGUAUGCAGGCGUGCCCAUCUCCCUGCAGCCCCGCAGGGUGGCGUCCCUCGGGGCAGCAAACCAGCGCUGGCUGUGGGACCCCGUCACUGGAUUCAUCAAGGCUUUCGCUACUGAUGUAACUGAUAAAGAAAUUACAGCAGCAAAUAAGGCAGGGGUGUGUACAUAUGCGGUUACUGGUGCUCAAGAACUCGAGCAGCCGGGUUACACAUGGGCAAUGCCCACAGCCAAGGGGAGCCAGCAGGCCAUGGUGUGUGUGGCCUGUGCUCGUGCAAUGCGCGGAAACUUCCGCCUGACCAAGCUCAACGUUAGCAUUCCAUUUUCCUGUGCCAUGGGAACUACAAUAAAACAAAAAGGACAGAAGUUUGGUGGCUGCUUCCACUGUCUAAACGGAAAGGUUGACCUGUCCACUUACGAAGCUGAGAAAGCGCUGGAGACUUGGGAGGAGCAGCUAGAGCAGCUGCGGAAAGAGCGCAGCGUCCGAACCAUCCAGCGUCAGAUCUCCGCUGUCCAGAUGGUCCAAUCACUGCGCGUCCUGGCCUUCAAGAAUGGGGAGGGCUGGUUUGCUGACGGGACGGUGCUGGUGGGAUCUAGUGUAUACGGGCUACUAGAGCAGGCGACUCACCGGCUGAACCUGGCGAGCGCCGCCCGGCGGAUCUACACGGCGGACGGGAACCUGGUGCUGGACAUGAAGGAGCUCAUCGACUGGGCUGUCAGCGACUAUGAGGAACAGAUCAAAGAGGAACAGCAAGUAACUACAAAUGGGGAGUCAGGAGAGUCUAAUGUUGAGGCAGUUCAGGCCUAUCUCCAUGAUGAGAAGGACCAGAGAGAGAUGACUCAGGAGGAGAACAGGAAGGAGGAGGGGGGAGGAGACACAAUGGAACAGCCUGAUGAGCCUGAGUUCACCUACCGCUACACCAACGACGACUUCGACUACUGCUGGGACGGCUUCGAACUUCCCGAAUCCAGCUUCACCUUCAGCUUCGAGGUCAAGGCCGCGAGCGACGCCCACAUUGCCCUGUCGGAGAGCAACGCAAAUGAGGACGGGAUGUACGAGAUCGUGAUCGGGACCAUGAUGAACAGGAUGUCUGCCAUCCGCCAGUUCAAACAUGAGGGCCUGCCAGACAUCAGGAUCACGCAGAGGACUCCAGACAUCCUGUCCGCGACGGAGUACCACAAGUUCUGGAUCAGUUAUGACGGGAAUGGGACGAUUGAAGUGCGGAGGGACGGGGAGGCGGACCCCAUCGUACAGUGGACCGAUCCAAACCCCCUGCUUGUGAGAUAUGUGGGUUAUUCCACCGGUCAUGGAUGUGACGGGGAGUGGCACUUCACCUUCAAAUCAGAUGAGGAUGAGUUAGAUGGAGGUGGGAGGAAGACAGAGGAUGACAACAUGGCUGACAGCUUCAAGAGAAUGGACAUACAGGAAAACACCACAAGAUCGACUCUCAGGGACAGGCCGUCCUCUGCGCAGGUGGGCGACCGCGAGCGACGGGGAAGCGACAGCGGGACCCGACAGCGACACAGCAGCGUGGACGUGAACAUCCAGGAGCUGAUUCGCCACCCCAUCCCCGUCUGGGUGUCCUGCGGGGAACCCUUCAUCAGUCCCGAUGUUGUAGCGAGUCAGCGAGCGCUGGACCAGGUCCAUCGUGAGGAGCGGGAGAGUGUGCUGAAGGAGCUGCAGAUAACUGUAAACACAUUCUGCACCAGAUGCAGGAUGCAGGGUAAGUCACUUACUUACAACUGUAAACACAUUCUGCACCAGAUGCAGGUCACUACUUACAACUGUAAACACAUUCUGCACCAGAUGCAGGGUCGGCGGUACAAGGGCCUGUCCCACCCCAGGUUUGUCCCCACCACCAGCAGCAGGAACCCAGUGAUGCUGGAGGGGGGGUGGAUGGAGCCCACACGGGACGAGGUCACCAGGGAGGAGGCUGUGGAGAAACUGGAGACCCACCUGUCUGAAGUGAAGGCAGUUCAGAAGGUGGAGCGUAAGAAGGCAGGGGUGGGCCCUCGCACCGUCAGGACCAACAGGAAACUCUACGAGCAGCCAACCACGAAACGUGUGCUGGUGUACCCCAAUGGAGAGUCAGCGGACAAGGCUGUGUAUGCCUGGGGAGCCAACCUACCACAGCUGCUUGAAUCCUGCACAAUUCGUCUGAGUCUGCAGAGAGCAGCACGGACACUGUACACUGCUGAUGGACAAAAGGUGCAAUCGUGGGAUGAUGUGGAGAGGGAUCAGCUGUUAUGUGUGUCCAGUGGAGAGGGUUACAUGAACAACAAAGCCUCGAGACGGAAGGUUGAGGUGAAGGCUGCGUGGUCACGAGCCAGGAAACAGGAGGGGAUGGAGGCGACCGAUGUGCUGAUGGUCACUCCUCGCUCUAACCCUAAAGUAGAGGUUGACCCGUACGGUCCCCCUAUCCUGGCCCUUCCGGCUCCGGGCGAGGGAGGCAGCAAGAGGAGACCCCCACUCCCUCCUUCUGCUGGCAAGAGGAGGUAAAGCCUGGACACCCCCAAACUGCAGUGGUACUGCCCUGAUUUCACUCAGCUUCGGAUCAUUCCACGU